AUGGCUGCCUGCUUCGUCGAGUACGUGGAGGGGCUGGGACGAUGCCUUAUGGCCGGUCGCGACAUAGAGUCAGGGGAAGAAAUCGUGAUGGAAGCCCCCCUGCUGGCAGCAGAUGCAGCUGAAGCAGACAUGGCAUAUGCAGACAAUGCAGACUUGGCCAUUGAAGCAGAGGAAGGCCAGCCAUGGUCACGCGUGAAAGUCGAUGCUGCUGCAAUCAGCCGACUGCUUGGCUUGCUGCAGGCGUACGCUCGCUCUGAGCCCGACGUCAAACGUGCAGUCCUGGAGUUGGAUGACACGAUGGAAGCUGGGGUGGCGGCCUGCCUUGUUCGAAAACUCGCUGCUCUCUUGUCGGAAUCUGGUUUCUGCCCACGGAUGCGCAAGAUGGAACUGCACUGCGUGCUGAAAAUCUUCUGGACCAAUGCAUUCCCAUUUUGGAAUGGGGGCUCUGCCCUUUUCCGCACCCUUUGCUACUGCGCGCACUCCUGCCGCCCGAACGCCUUCUUCUACCAUUGCUCCAACUCUGGGCAUAUAGUGAGCCUGAAGGCCAUCUCACGUGGAUCCCGCAUUGAGAUCUCCUAUGCCCCAAGACAGUACAUCCUGCUCCAACGUCGCCUCCGGCAAAUGUUCUUAUCUUCAACCCGAGGCUUUGGCUGCAACUGCUCCCAAUGUAUUUUGGAGCAGGACAUUGGGAAGGAAUCCGAGGUCCACAGUGUGUCGCCGACGUCGCCCCUCCGAGUUUGCUGUUGCGUCAUGCCCUGGGUGGGGCACCUGCUGCCCAUGGCCCGCUUGGCCUUGGCCCUUGAACCGCGGUGCCGUGUUUUCUUCAUGACCACCAGCCUGGGGGCCCGACGCCUGCGUUCUCUCGGUCAGGAAGUCGAGAGGCUGACUGUGGUAGAGAUCGAGGACGGGCUUGGGCUGGACGCCGAGCGUCGGCUCGCAUUUCAGCUCCAGGAGCCAGGCCAAGAGCCCGUUUUGGAGGCGAACUUGGCAGUUGAAGCAUUGGCAGAGGUGCAAGUACAGCGCCUCAUGGGGUUAGGGGUGAAAGACUUCGUACUGGACUGGCUCAGCUUCGGCUUUGCGAACAGUAUUCGUGACUGCGGGGGUCGAUACUGUGUGUCAAUGCCUGGUUCAACUUUUCAAGCGGAGUUUUGUGCCGAAGGGAAGGCAUCGGAGUCGGAAAACUAUGCGAGCACACAGAGUGUCAUUCGGAACAUGCUGCAUGAAACUCGGAUUUUCGUUCACGGCCUUCCGAACAUGGUCCGCAACAGCCCUGAACCUCUUGGUGGUCAGAUCACCUGUGUGGGCAUCCUCGCCAGUGCCCCGGAAGCUCUACCAAAGGAUGUGGAGGCAUUUCUUGCUUCUGCAGGCCUUCCUGUGUUGUAUGUAUACCUGGGAUCGUUAACAUGCUUGAGCGCAGUGGAAUUGGCAGAGCUGUGCGAGGCACUUUCCGAUUCCGCACCGGGCACGUUCCGAGUCAUAUGGUCUUUGCCGGAAGAUUGGCAAGUGCAGCUUCCCAGCUCCGUUACGGCAAGUGAGGAUUUUUUCUUGUCCCAGUGGCUGCCGCAGGCUUCGAUUCUCGCACACCCUGCAUGCUGCGCUGCGUUAAUUCACGGAGGCUGGGGUUCGCUUGUGGAUGCGAUCCAGUUUGGCAAGCCCGUGGUCGUGCUUCCGAUAUUUGGUGACCAGCCCCUCAACGCUCAGAUCGUGGAGUCGAUGAAGUUCGGAGUAUCUCUGCCGAGUGGGCGUAUCUUGGGCAAGGGGAAGAGCUGGAAGCUCCGAGAGUCCAUCCACGCGGUUCUGACUCCGGGCCCCUUCUCGGAAGCGGCCCGAGCCUGGCAGGAGGAAGCGGCGAACUUCGGGGGUGCAAGUUACGCUGGCGAGGUGGUGGCAGGAUAUUUCCAGCGGGAGAAAGAGAGGUCUCGAGAAACUCGGAGGGAACUCGAGGUUUCCGUGGUGGAAUUUGCCGAAGAUCUGCGCCCACUGAGUUUCGAGGACGCGGAUGGUGAUGACUCAGAUGAUCUGUUGCCAAGGGGUGCUCAACUAGAGAUACUGCUCGUGCAGAGUGCCAUGCUUCUCGGACUUGCCGAUGAGAUAACGUGGUGGUUAUUGAGGCUUCGUGUCUACAGGGAUUCUCAGCGCUUUCUCUGUCACGGUGAAGCUGUUCUUCGAAAUCUGGAAGGACGGGACGUGGUUGAGCUGGUUGCUUUAGCCGGGGCUGUUCACAACAGGCUGUUGGGACAAGCCGUCCCAUUAGGGAUUGCCUCUCCCGUUCUGCACGGGGAGCCACACCGGCCUGCAAGUUUUUCGGCGGCAUGGCUUGCGUCUCGGAGCAUGCUGCGCGGCAUCGUCAACAGAGGUGCAUGCGAAAGCCUCUCAGAAGGGAAACCUGCUUUGUCUGGUACCAUCGCAGGCAUCGGCAAGGAGGGAUUGGUCCAUGUCUCCCUCCUGGGUGGGCAAGUUGCAGCAGAAGUAGCAUUUUCCUCGUGCCUGCCGAGCCCAGUCGAAACUGAACAUGCUUUGGAUGCGAUCCUGGAUGCAGCAGCAGUUGCCCUGCGAUCGGAGUGGUGGCGCUAG